UCCGCGCCGCCUCCAGUCUGCUGCCGCCGCUCCCCGCACCGAGCAGCUCCACCGGCCGUUCAGGGCUCUUUACUUUAACGCGUCGAUGCCGGUAGUCUCUCCCGACACACUGCGAUAUUUCGGAUUCUUCUCGAGGAGAAAAGAGCCCUAAAAGCAGCGCGGACGUGUGAGACCGGAGAGUCCGUCGAGCGGACCGAGCCGCCGCUCCGCGCUGCCCGCUAGCUGCUCACCGAGAGGAGGUCCGCUUCUUCUGCUCCAGGAAACAUGAGCUUUCUGUUUGGAAACCGCUCCUCCAAGACCUUCAAGCCCAAGAAGAACAUCCCGGAGGGCUCCCACCAGUACGAGCUGCUGAAGCACGCCGAGGCCACGCUGGGCAGCGGCAACCUGCGUCUGGCGGUCACACUGCCCGAGGGCGAGGACCUGAACGAGUGGGUGGCCGUCAACACCGUGGAUUUCUUCAACCAGAUCAACAUGCUGUACGGCACCGUCACCGACUUCUGCACCGAGGAGAGCUGCUCCGUCAUGUCCGCCGGGCCCAAGUACGAGUACCACUGGGCGGACGGGACCAACAUCAAGAAGCCCAUCAAGUGCUCCGCCCCCAAGUACAUCGACUACCUGAUGACCUGGGUCCAGGACCAGCUGGACGACGAGACGCUGUUCCCCUCCACGAUCGGUGUCCCCUUUAAGAGGAACUUCAUGUCGGUGGCGAAGACCAUCCUGAAGCGCCUGUUCCGCGUCUACGCUCACAUCUACCACCAGCACUUUGACUCCGUGAUGCAGCUGCAGGAGGAGGCCCACCUCAACACGUCCUUCAAGCACUUCAUCUUCUUCGUUCAGGAGUUCAACCUCAUCGACAGGAAAGAGCUCGUCCCCCUUCAGGAGCUGAUCGACAAGCUGACGACCAAGGACACGAGAUAAGCGGCGACGUCAUCCUUUUAUUUUUUUAUUAUGGGUCUUCUAGUUUUUUUUGCACACAGACACCCCGCCCCGCCCUGGCUGCAUGGAUGCAGUACACACGAUGUUUCCACCAGGGAAGAUGAAGAGUGAGCAGAGAAGUGAAGCGAGUUUAUUUGUUCAUUGUUCGACAUCUGGGAUGUUGCUCUUCACAUCUGUCAGAACAGAAUAAUCCUAAAUGCCUCGCAUGGCUCCUAGUCGCCCUCUAUCUACAGCUGGAAGAAGAUGAAGGCCGUAACCCACUGACAUCAAACUGUCCUCCUCUUUCACGGUUCUUUAAUUCCUGCUGAACGGUUUUCUACCUGCUGUACAUUUUGGGUGUUUAUUUUUAAAGUUAGAAAGUCUCUCUAAACGAAUGUGUGGAACGACGUGAGGCUGGAGUCUCGUCGCGUUGCAGCAGGAUUACAAAGCUCCUCCUCCUCCUCAAAGUGACAAAGGAAAAGUCUUCAAGGGAUCUGAAACCUUUUUAAUGUGUAAAUAAAUGUCCUCUAAUGGAAGCAGAGACCUGUGUUUUUUAAAGUUGAAACCUCCAGUUUAAAAGAAGACUAUAUAUAUAUAUAUAUAUAGUAGUAAUAAUUCCCUGGUUCUCUCACUGGCCGUGAAGCACUUUGACCCCUGACCUCUUCUGCCUGAAUGUUUAUUCUGUGUAUCAUGUGACUGAUCAGAGCUUAUUCUCCUCCCUCAUAUUUCCUCAAAAAUGAAUGUUGAAUUGCUAAACGUCUUUAAAAAAAAUGCUUUUUUUGAUUCUCUUUUCUAUUUGUAUUGUUGUUUUGAUGGUCUGGAGUCGUGGCUCGGAGCACCUCCCGGUCCCACCGUGUGGUUUACCUGCUGUGCAAUCCACGACCGGGUCUUUCAUCCAGCGUUACGGUUCCUUUAACAGAAUAGUCUUUUGAGGACCAUGUUCUAUAUCUGUGUACGUUUAAUUCGUGAGCGGUGCAAAGCUUCAAUGCACACGUGUAAACACUGAGGGGGCGACCCGUCUUAAAGAUGCUUUUUGCUUAGUUUUCUGCAGCGGGCAUGGAGUGGUAGCUUUUGGUUUAAAGAAUGCGUUGUCUUCUUAGAGGCUCCUCCCCCUCCUCCCUUUAUUUGGAUAUUAAACAAAUCUUCAUUUGUUUUUAUUGUGGAGUAUUUUUUUCUCCACAUCCUUUAGUUAACUAUUCUGAAUGUUUACUGCUCACCGGAUAUGUGAAAAUGUACUAAAAGUCCAACUCGUCCCUCCUGUUGACGACAGUUAGCUCCUCCCCCUUCUGUGAUGGUAGAUGACGUGUUUGUACAUAUUGGCUCGGUCGGGUUUCAAUGCUACUGAAUGGAUUCAUGCUUGUUUACAAGGAAAAUAAAGGUGGUCUUGACUCUU